CACGUAGUCCGACCGGUUUAACUAACAACGUUUUGUCUAAAUAGAAAACAGCUGAUUUUAGGAAAUGGAAAUGGAACAAGCUUGUGAGACAUUUAAACAGUUAAUGUCAUCUGUCAGCAAAGGAUGUCUUCUUGAAUUCCUGCUCUGGACAAAAGAAAAUGUUAAUGCCUAUUUGGAGGAGCAAGAAAAGGCGGAUAACACUAGCGUGUUGCUUGACGCAAUCAGAGAAGACAUUCGGGAGGCAUUACCAGUUGAGGCCACCACCAGUACUGAAAACAUCCUACAACCUAUAACUGGAGCUAACUCUGACUGUGAGGCUGGUACAACAAUACAUGUGGAUGCCUUUCUAUACAAUGAUGAUGCUGUCGAUGGUUUGGUUGAGCAAGGUCAGAUGUCCCGGAACUACUGCGCUAACUGUCUCUCCCGCAAUGUGAAACCACUCACGUUCAUAACCCACUCUGCCUCAGUGCCCCAGAUCAAGUACAUGUUCCAGUUUCUGUUGUCUGACUUGCGUGGGAAGACUGUCGUAGACGUUGGCUCCAGGACGGGAGCUGUUCUCUAUGGGGUGAUGACAGUUAUAAUAGUUACACACACACUUACACAUGCUUUCCUGUACAGUGAAGCACAGUGCAUUUAUGGCAUAGAAAUAGACACUACGUUUUGUCAGCUGCAACAGGGAAUUGUAGAAAAAUAUAACAUGAUGGAGCGAGUAAAGGUGCUGCACAGCGAUGUACUUAACCAAAGGGACCUUUUACAAACGGCUGAUGUACUGAUCCUCAACAAUGUGUUUGAAUUCUUCAUGCCUGCGGAGCUGCAAAAGAGGAUAUGGCAGUUCCUGUAUGAGACUGUGAGGAAGAAGGGAACCGUGCUCAUAACUGUGCCUAGCAUUGAGGAGACACUUAGUAAUGUUGAUAUUUCACUGGAUCUUCUGUCCUGGCUGUCACCUGUGGAUACAGACACUGCCAGGAAGCAAGCAGUUAUACGAUAUUUCUCAGAUGAGGAGUCAUCAGAUUUAGAUGAGAUUUUUAUGUAUAAAGUGAUAUAACAAUAAAUAUUUUAUU